AUGGGUUUCUUCAAGAUUGGCAAGAAGAAGACGGCGGAUGUCGAGCUGUCAGAGAAAGUUGGAGAUGCCGCACAGCCAGUUGCACCUUUCACACCCUCCGCGCCCAGAUGGCCCGGAAGUCUAGCAUCGCACAAUGGCUCUUCUGCCGACCUCAGACGAGGAAGCCAGAUUAUAGAUGGCGCGGCUAAUUUCCAAGACGCAAAGUGCGACGUCAUGGCCCAGUGGCUUCACUCAAAACAAGAAGAAAAGAUUUGGACAAGCGGUGAGCCCGGCGAAGGCGUGCUCAUCAAGAAGACGAAGGGCGCGUACGCAUAUUGUCCGGCUGGGCUUUUCGAGGAUGGCACUGGUCUGUACCAGGCCGUUUCCGCGCUGAACGUUAGGUGUGCUAUGACUGUCAACACUCAGGUCCUGGAACUGUUCGUAUCUUCGAGGCCUGACGAGCACUUCAUCCAGAUACACCGAACACUUCGUCUCCAGGUCGUUCCCAACAUCGCCGCCCUGCCACACUGCCAAAGGCAUCAAUCUGCUGCAUUCAUCUCCGACACUGCGACCCUCCUCGUGUGGGAAGACGAACCUACAAGACUUAUCGAACGCGCAGAGUACAUCCAAGACGCUUUGAUGAAAAUGUCUUGGAAGUCUGAGCCUGUUGAAGGCGAGGAAGCAAAGGGCGAUGGCAAGAAGCCGUUCGUCCAGAUCGAGGAGUACGACGAGAUGACAGAGGAGGAGGCUGGUAUGGAUGAGAAGCCUCGUGAAACUGUUCUGUGGCAGAGUAUCUACGAAGCCGCCACCAUCGCAAUCCUGAUUGCCUGCAUUGGCUUCGGUUGGAGGUGGGUUGCUGUUCAACACAUCCAGGACCCGAAGUGGAUACGUCUGGCGUUCAUCAUUGUCGUGCCCGCACAACUGUGGCUUGGUCUGUUCUUCUUCCAGUCCCUCGUCAACGGCCUCGCCCAACUGUUCGGCCCUGUCGGGCAGUUGGAAAGGAACACCAAGUAUUACUCUGGCAAGGCACCCCGUCGUCUUCAGCGCGAUACGUUCGGCCCCCUGCCUCAUGUUACCGUUCAGAUGCCUGUGUACAAAGAAGGUCUCCGUGCUGUUAUUGAGCCCACCGUUCGUUCCAUCAAGCAGGCUAUCUCCACCUACGAGCUCCAGGGAGGCACAGCCAAUAUCUUCAUCAACGACGAUGGUAUGCAGUUGAUCUCCGAGGAAGAGGCCAGGGCCAGACAAGAAUACUACGACGAAAACCAGAUCGGCUGGGUCGCCCGUCCCAAGCACAACCCCAAGCCCGCCGAUGGCGAGAAGAUGUUCAUCCGUCGCGGGAAGUUCAAGAAGGCCUCGAACAUGAACUAUGCCAUGCGUCUGUCUGUCCAAGUCGAAGAGAUCCUUGCCACAACCCCCCGUCACGCCCAAUGGACCCAGCACGAUGAGAACGAAGCUUACAAAUCUGCCAUGCAGCGCCUUCUCGAUGAACGUGAAGGUGAAGCCUGGUCCGAGGGUAACAUCCGCAUGGGCGACUACAUCUUGAUUAUUGAUUCCGACACACGUGUACCCAAUGACUGCUUUCUCGAGGCCGUCUCCGAGAUGGAGCAAUCACCCCAGGUUGCUAUUCUCCAGUACGCAUCCGGUGUCAUGAACGUCACCAACUCUUUCUUCGAGAACGGUAUCACCUUCUUCACAAACCUCAUCUACACCAACAUUCGCUUCUCCGUAGCCAACGGCGAUGUCGCCCCUUUUGUCGGCCACAACGCUAUCCUCCGCUGGUCUGCACUGCAGAACAUUGGCUACGAAUGCGAGGACGACGGCUGGGAAAAAUGGUGGUCUGAGUCCACCGUAUCGGAAGACUUCGACAUGGCGCUCCGCCUGCAAGCUGAGGGCUAUAUUGUACGCUUGGGCGCAUACAAGAAUGGCGGCUACGAGGAGGGCGUGUCUCUCACCGUCUACGAUGAGCUGGCACGUUGGGAGAAGUAUGCAUACGGCUGCAACGAGCUCAUCUUCCACCCCUUCAAGGACUGGAUAUUCCGUGGCCCCUUCACAAAACUCUUCCGCACCUUUAUCACCUCCAAGAUGCCCAUACACUCCAAGCUGACAAUCUUGGCUUACAUUGGCACGUACUACGCGAUCGGUUCGUCGUGGAUCCUGACGCUUAUGAACUAUGUCAUCAUCGGUCUGUUCAAUGGCCAUCUGGACCACUACUACCUCGACUCAUUCAAGGUCUACUUCUCCAUCGUCAUCAUCUUCACCGCACUAGGCAACGUCGCGCUCGCCGUGCUACGCUACCGCAUCGGCGAAUCAGGCCUCAUCCGCGCCCUUUUCACCAACCUGAAAUGGGUGCCGCUCUUCACCAUCUUCCUCGGCGGUGUUUCUAUGCACGUGUCGCAGGCGCUCGUCUGCCACUUCUUCAGCAUCGACAUGCAGUGGGGUGCUACCUCCAAGGAACUCGAAGACAUCUCCUUCUGGGAAGCCAUAGGCGACGUGGUCAAGAAGUUCAAGUACACAUUCAUCUUCUGCAUCACCAUGACCGCCGGCAUGAUCUGCAUGGCCUUUGUCGUCCCCGAAGACUGGCAGAUCCGACUCAUCACCGCCGUAUUCCCCAUGGGUAUGGUCGUCAGCACGCAUUUCCUGCUGCCUAUCGUACUCAACCCGCAGCUCAUGACGUUUACAUGGUAG